AUGUCAAACCAGUCAAACAUUCAGGAAAUAAUAGAAACGGCAGUUUUAGCUGCCAUUCGAACCAGCAGUGAAGAGCACACUACCCCAACAACAAAUAGGCCUCCACCAACUAUAUCAGACAAUAAUGUUGGUGGCACGGGGGGUAGCAGCAAUAGUAGGCCGACUAAUGAUGUAGAAGCACCGACACCAAGACCUAGGGUAAGUAAUGUAACUUUACCAGGAGGCGGUAAGAAACUGAAGCAGCCUUCAGUCUCUUCACAUUUCAGAUGGGGUGGGGCUGAAGUACUGUCGACCAUUGGACAAAAUUGUCUAUAUGUGAUGUGCGCUGAGCAAUACGGUAUCACGUACGAGAAUUUUUAUGAACAGGUCGAAGAUGAAGUAGAGAUACAUCCUCCCCCCAAAAAGUCAAGAAUUAUUCCACUGGAUUCAAGUGACGAUGAUGACUUGCCUGAAAUAUCGUUAGAUGAUCCAGGAAGGUCUGUUGCUACAGGACGAACUCUUCCGCUCAACGCCACUGAGGAAGGCACUGGAUCUUCUAGCUCAGGCCAACGAACUGCGUCCAAUAUCACUCAUCAAGCAAGUGCGUCAACCAGCACAAGCACAUGCCAAACAACUGCAUCCGCCGCAAGACAACACUAUCAGUGA